CGCCGAGGGGAAAAAAACAUACCCAGUCAUACUGGAAAUAGACGAUGUCUCUUUCAUGUUAUUAUUAAAUGUUGGGAUCGAUAUAUAUGAUGCCCAAGGUGCUUGGAGUCCAUUGUUCAUUAUCAAGAAGUGUCAGAAAACAACGAGUGACAGUUUAAGGCACAAGCAGGCCUCUCUCUCAUCCGGGUGUUGGGUUUCAGUCGUCGGCACUCUGCAGCAUGGCGCAUGCUCAAGAAAUUCAGCUCCAAAUCAGAGGCGUUCCGGACGAGGAAUCCGUCCACGAAGACGGCCGCGAUGGAUCCAAGGCCGCCACCCGCCGGUCGACAACGAGAGGCAGUUUCCGAUGGUGGAUGACGGUGGCGGUCGACAUGCUCAUGGUUCUCUGCGGGACGACCGUGGCCACCCUCCUCGGCCGCCUGUACUACAACUCCGGCGGCAACAGCAAGUGGAUGGCCACGCUCACGCAGUCCGGCGGGUCGCCGCUUCUGGUCGUCCCGCUCCUCAUGACGCCGGCGCCCUCGGCGGAGGAGCGCCGGCCGGCGGCGUCCAAGCUGUGGCCCAUCUACGCGGGCAUCGGGGUCCUGAUCGGCUUCGACAACCUCAUGUACUCGUACGCGCUGCAGUACCUGCCGGUGUCCACCUUCUCGCUCGUGGCGGCCACGCAGCUGGCCUUCAACGCCAUCACCUCGCGCCUCAUCAACGCGCAGCGCUUCACGGCGCUGAUCGCCAACUCCGUGAUGGUGCUCACCUUCUCCGCCGCGCUGCUCGGCGUGGGCUCCUCCUCCGACGGGACCUCCAGCAGCGGCAGCGCGCCGCGCGGCAAGUACCCCGUCGGGUUCGCCCUCGUGCUGGCCGCCUCGGCCGCCUUCGCGCUCAUCAUGUCCCUCUUCGAGGCCACCUUCGAGAAGGUGAUCCGGGCGCGGACGCUGCGGUGGGUGCUGUCGAUGCAGAUGUACACGAACCUGGUGGCGUCGGCGGUGUCCGUGGCGGGGCUGCUGGCGUCGGGGGACUGGCGGACGAUCCCGGCGGAGAUGGCGGCGUUCAAGGACGGGAGGGCGAGGUACGUGCUGACGCUGGCCGGCACGGCGGUGGCGUGGCAGGCGGCGGCCGUGGGCGUGGUCCGGCUGAUCGCGAGGGUGUCGUCGCUGUUCGCGAACGUGACGGCCACGCUGGCGCUGCCGCUGGUGCCGGUGUUGGCGGUGGCGCUGUUCGGGGACAGGAUGACGGGGAUCAAGGUCGUGGCCAUGCUCAUGGCCGUGUGGGGGUUCCUCUCGUACGUGUACCAGCACUACGUCGACGCCCGACGCGCCGGGAGGACCCACUGCCGCGUCUGCGCCGCGCGCGCCGGGAGCGACGAGGUUUUGCCCGCUUGAGCCUCGGCCGUGUGGCUGAACAAGAUGAUCCGAAGCAUGGCUGAUAUUUUUCUUUUCUUUUUCUCUUUCUUUUUUUUUUGAGCGAUGAUGAAAAAGACUUUAGUACUGGGUCAACAGUGUUUAUUGUACCAAACGGCAUGGAGCUGUACAAGAAGAUGAAUAGAAUUUGAUCGAUGCUGAUAAAUGUUUGGUCCCAAA